AUGUCAGAAGAGAAGGAAUGUGUUGUUGACAUGACAUUGAAUUUGGUUCAACCGAAAAAUAUACUUACAACAUUGAAACGGAAAAGGCCCGAAAAUAUAUCAAAUAUCAAGCAAGUGUAUAAUAUUAAGUAUCAAACUAACAAGGCGCUUAGGGGGGAUAUAACUGAUAUACAACAACUCUUGAAAUUGUUGGAUGAUAACAGUUACAUGUCUAGGUACGGAACAUCUGAGGAUGCAGUUACUGUUAGAGAUAUAUUUUGGACUCAUCCUGAUUCCAUAAAGUUGUUCAGCACAUUUCUUACAGGGCUCACACUUGAUUCAACGUACAAGACCAAUAAGUAUAUACUUCCAUUGUUUGAGAUGGUUGGUGUUACCUCAACUGAGAAGACAUAUUCUGUAGGGUUUGCAUGUCUAGAGAGCGGGAAGGAGGAGAAUGUUACUUGGGCCUUAGAGUUGUGUCAGGCAUGUUAG